AUGAACAAAGAUUUAUAUGUUGUUGAGGAAGAGCACAGUGGAAGUUCCGACAACAGAGAAGGAUACAAGCUCAGUUUUCAUACUGGGUCUUAUCCAACACAAAUGUUUAUCGAACUUCAAGAAUUGGUACCAAGGGUGGAUGGUGGAUUGCAGUUUAAUGAAUCUAUUUUUAAAAUGCCAGUUGCAGCUCAUUUUCGAGUUCUUUGGUUAGAAACAGCAAGAUGGGUGAAUUUUGAAGAAAAUUUUAAUGAAGUGGAACAACGUUUUACAGAAGCUCAUGUACCACCUAUGAAGUUUUCUUGUAUAAAUAGCUUCAGGGAUAAAUUACAACAGAAUUUGAAAAUUAUACAAACUGAUGCACUUACACUUGGUCAAGCCCUUGAUGAAGUGGCAAAAUAUGCCUUAUCACAAAACUGUAUUCAAGGAAAUGAACAAUAUGAUGUUUUACGUGCUAUUUUGUUUGCUGAACGUUGGCAUCCAGAAGUUAAAGGUCAUAUAUCUGAUGCGGCUGAAUUCGAUCAGUAUUGGGCAGGAACUUUACCGGAAGGUAUCAAUCCUAAACCAGCUUUUUUACAAAGAGCAUCUGUGGCAACGAUUGGAGCUAAGAAGCAUAUUUCUAUGACAAGAGCAUCUGUUUCAACGAAUGAUUUUAAACCAAAGCUUUCUCUAGGUAGUAGAGAACAAGGAGCAAGUUCACUUUCAAAAGCACUUAGUAUUCACAAUGAAUGUCAACAUCCUUAUCAUCGAUAUAAUCAACCUUUAACUAAUUGCUUAUCCUCUGGUUCUGAAGCAUGUACUGUUAUUUGCGGUUUAAUCGAAUUUGUAAAAUCACCAAUUCUUGUACUGUUAAGAUUAAACAAAACUAUUCAACGUUCAUGUAUUUCGGAAGUGGAUAUUCCAGUACGUUUUAUAUUUAUUUAUGUUGGACCACAAAUUGAUGAAUUAAAUUAUGCUGAAUUGGCUCGUAUAUUUGCAGUAAUGAUGACUAAUGAUACAUUUCGGUUAUGCGUUUACGACUCAAUUUCAGUUGAUGAUAUUAUAAAAGGAAUUGAUAAUUUUAUGCAAGAUUCAUUUGUUAUGCCACUUUCACGUCAUUAUAAUGCUAAUGCUCUAGCUGGAAUGACACGUCAAAUUGAAGCAUAUAGAAAAGAAACAGUUUGUGAAAGAGAUGGUGAUCGACGACCAAAAGGUUCAUUUACAGUGAGAAAGUUGACUGAACAAUCACAAAACAAUUUAGUCAAUGGUUCAUAUGUUCCAUCUUCAUUGAAUUUGAAACAACAAGCUGAUAAUAUCAUUAAACAAGAUAGUGAUAAAUUACCUGUUCCAACAAAUGAAACUGAUACACCUAAAAUAUCUAAACGAAAAAUAUUUUUACGGGAUUUUUGUCCACCAUUUAUUGAAUUAUCACGUGGAAUUCGACCAUGGAUAAAACGAAUGCCAGGUGAUUAUAAAGAUGCAGUAAAAAAAGAAAAUUUAAGUAUUGUUUUUGGCAGUGUUCUAUUUAUCUACUUUGUCAAUCUUUCACCGUCUAUUACAUUUGCUGCAUUAUUAAAUACACAAGUUGAUCCUUCUUACACUGUGACGUUAACUCUUUUAGCAGUUGGAGUGUUUUUGAUUAUUUUCAAUAUUUUAUCUGGCCAACCACUUGCAAUUAUUGGUAUCUCUGCUCCUAUGUACAUUGUUGAAUCUUCUUUAGUAUCGGUUUCAAGGAGUACAGGUGUCGAUUUUAAACAAUUAAGAUUUUGGAGUGCUUUUUAUUGUUCUAUAUUUGGUUUCAUAUUUGUUGGUUGUAAUAUGUCUGGGAUAGCCAAACAUAUAAGAAGAUCAGUAGAAGAAGUAUAUAAUUCAUUUAUUGGAUUUUUCUUUUUACUUAAAGCAUUAUUUACAAUGUUUUUAUUGAUUCCUGCUAAACCUGUGGAUAACACUCCAAUAUCCAGAAUGGCUUAUUAUCAAAAAUUAGCAGUAGCUGGAGUUACACUAUUUUUAGCAUUUAUAAUGCUCCAGUUCUGUUUAAUACUUGCUCAGUUAAAACGUGGGAAUUACUUUAGAAGGAAUAUUAGAAAACUUCUGGGUGCUUUAAAUGUCCCUCUUGGUAUGUUACUUAUUACUGGAUUGGAAAGAAUAUUCUUUCGAGGUUAUAAUUUACCUACUGUAAAUAUACCACCAUCAAAUCAAGUUAAUGCAUCGACAUGGGUUAAUCCACCGAACUUUGCACGUUUACAAGAUUAUAGUAAAGCUGCACCAACACUUAUUCAUGGAACUUCAAUAGCUAUUGGGGUGGCAUUGGCUAUUAUUAUAUUUACGGAAGCAGCUUUAAAUGGUUUAACAGCAAUGAAAAAUAAAGCUGUGAAACCGAAUAUUUUUGUUAUGGAUUUGGUAUUGUUACAAAUUAUUUUCCCUACUAUCAGUGGAAUAACUGGUUGGCCAUUUAUGUCUGGUACAACAGUUAGAACACUUAGCAAUCUUGUUGCCCUAGUCAAAAUGGAUCAAAGUCCUGCACCUGGUAUGCCUCACAAGAUUGUGGGAACAGUAGAGCAACGAGUUAGCGGUGUAUUUGUGGGAAUCCUUGUUGCGCUUUCAAUAUUCCUUGGAUCUAUAUUAAGCAACAUUCCAUUGGCUGCACUCUAUGGAAUGUUUUUAUACAUGGGCGUAAUGGGACUGAGAGAUUUAACAUUUGUUUUAAGGAUAUGCUCCUUAAUGAAACGUCGAAAACACUGGGAAGAUUGGGAAUGUGUUCGUGGUCUUCCCAGUAGGCAUAUACUAGUCUUCUCACUUAUUCAAGCUGCAGUUGUCUUAAUUCUAGUUUCAUUGAAUAUAAUUUCUGAUUUUACAGUAGCCAACUAUGUUGGUCUUAUCUUUCCGAUCAUUAUUCUCAUCUAUGGCCUUAUUCGCGAAUUCGCAUUGCCUAAAUGGGAAUGGUUGGCGUUAUAUUUACAUCAACUUGAUCGUAAGUAUAAACUACAUCCAAGUGUUAUGCGUAAACCACCAUCAACUGUACGUAAUUUAUCAACAAUACGUAAAGAAAGUGUUGGUAGUUUUGCAUCGGGUGGUUUAACUGUUACAUCACAAUUAAAAACUAAUAAUUUUAUUGAAUAUAUUCAUGAUCAUGAAACAGCUUCAUAUAGUGAUAUCAGUGAACAUGAAGAUGGUGUAGUUCGUCGAACUUGGGCAACAUAA